AUGUCCACCUUUGUCGUUCUCGGAGGCACCGGUAACCUCGGCUACCCCAUCGUCAAGACUCUCGUGGAGGAGUACAAGGACACUUACCCCGUCGUCCGCUUCACGACCCGCGACCCGGCCUCCGCCAAGGCGAAGGAGCUCAUCGCGCUUGGCGCGCACGCCUUCGCGUUCAGCGACUCCCUGGACACCGUCCUCGUCGGCGCCGCCGUCGUCGCGAACAUCCUCCCCACUUCCCUCGAGACCACCAUCCUCCCGGACCUCGUCCCCGCCCUCAUUCGCAACGGCGUCCAGGUCUUCUUCACGUCCGAGUUCGGAAACGACCUCCGCAACAUCGACUUCCCGGGGUACGAGCACCCGGACUGGGCGAGCAAGCUCGCGAACCGCGCCACCGCCAUCGAGCUCGCCAAAGGCUCUGACCUCGUCGUCAUCCCCGUCGCCUCCGGCGUCUUCAUGCCCUGGGCCGCCCACAUGUCCAUCGACUGGGCCACCGCCAGCACCAUCGGCUUCGCCCCGGGAAAGCGCAUGGCGCUCACCGACUUCCCCGACAUCGCGCGCACUCUCGCCCGCCUCGCCGUCCUCGCGCGCGACCCCGCGACGCGCGCCAGCUUCGUCACCAGCGCCGACAUCGUCCACGCCGUCAAGAGCGCCAAGGGCCUCGACAUCACCCUCAAGCCCUUUGACGCCAAGCACGCCAGGGACACCCUCAAGGCCAUCUACCCGCCCAAGGACGUCUCCGCCUUCGUCCUCUAUGCCGGGGUCCUCAUCGAGGAAGGCCUCGCGGACUACUCUGCCGACUGCCACAACGAGCUUGUCAACCCCGGAGAGAAGUUCUGGAAAUGGAAGACUUUCGAGGAGCUCUUGCGCUCCGCCUGA